CGUCGGCUUGCUAAAAAUACAUUUUGAAUCACAGUAGGAGGAGAUGAAACAACACCUCCUUCGCGAAAGGCGAGAAAUACUCUUACAAGUACGUAUCUCUAUCCGAGUAAGACGAGUAACUCAGCUAAGGAACAAUUCGAUCAACGCCGGAUAUUUAAGAAGAAUCGACCGGAUAUAAUAAAUAAGCGCUUGACAAAAGUAUCGGAAAAGAACAUUUUUAGGCAAGUUUUAUCAAACGCAAUGAAAGAGAAUAGUUCAUGAAAAAAAUAACUUUCACACAUGUCAAAAAUAUACAUGUAAUGUGUGCAAAUUCUUCUUGUGUUAUUUGAAAACCGAAAUGACCGGUAAUGCGCAAAACGAGGAACGAGAAUAUUUCUAUAUAUAAAAUACUUCAAAUACGCGAAAAGAAUUUUUUAAUCCAAUUGUGAGCGAAUUUGCGGGACUUGUUGAAUGUGUCAAUGAUGUUACGCGAUGUAUACUGUGGAAUUGCAAACACUGUGGAACAAAUAUGUUUAAUGUCGAUUGCAUAUUAAAUAAUCUGAAAGUAUUAGUUUAUCGUACUUGAACAGCUUGAGGUUUGACCCAAACUUUAACAUAUUCCAUCUAUUAAAUAUAAUUCCGUUAAUUAAACGUGUCAUUUUCUCUCUCCCUCUCUCUCUCUCCCUCCCCUCUCCUCUCUCCCUCCCUCAAGAUAAUAUCAAAAUCAGAAUGAAAACUAGCGGAGGCAGUUCGAGUCGUUUGAGUACAAACGCAAAUGUGGAGCAACGUUUAAGAAGUCCGAAGUGCGCGAGAUGUCGAAAUCACGGUAUAAUAUCCGGUUUGAAAGGUCACAAGAGAUCCUGUGCAUGGAAAGAUUGUCGAUGUCCUUGUUGUCUUCUAGUCGUCGAAAGGCAGCGAGUGAUGGCAGCGCAAGUUGCUCUACGUAGACAACAACAAGCGCAAGGCGACAAUCUUUUGUCUUCAGUAAAUAAAAUAUCAGCGGACACUGUAAGUCCUUAUUACUCUAAAGCAAAAUACAACGAACCUGUCUACGGUAGAAGAACCAAGAAUUUUCAAAGGCAUCAUUUACAUUUCACGCAGACAAGUAUCAGCGUAACGCAGGACUUUUAUGGAUUAAAUACCGUACAUGGUUUACCUGGUGCAUUAUCAGCCCAUCCUGCACGUUUGCUGAGCAAUUUAUCUUCUCUGGAAUGUGAUCAAAAACAAGAAGCUGAACCCAUACUGAAGAUAGAGUCUUUCCAUUCUGCAUACCCGACAAUGGUUCCGUGGUUCAAUGAGGUAACGCAAUCAUACAUAGCGAAUGAAGAGUUGAAUAAUUUUAUUUCUACGAGAGAUUUGCGAAGCUGUCCUACUACAACCAAUAAACCUUGUUUAGAAAAAAAAGCGCCAAUUUCCUUCAGCGUGGAAUCUAUUAUCGGUACGAAAUAAUCUAUUAUCUGUAUUUUAAUUGUUGACCAGCGAGCUAUUACCUAUUCAGAUUCCGACCUGGCAAUUUGAGAAUUGUCAACGAUACCGCAACUGCAACAUGCACUUAACAUCGAAUGAUCAAUAAAUAUCGCACCUAUCUUCCAGCAAUAUAUUCCAGCAGGAUACAUAAUAAAUGACAAUGCUAAAUUUUUUAAUAAGAAACGGAGUGAGGUAUUUUGCUCGUAUUCGUUAAUUGGUACUUGAAUGAUUAAUCUCACCGCGACGAAAUGAAUAAUCUUAAUAGUGCACUCUAAAUAGUGCACCAAUUAGUAUAAGUAAAAGAAAAAAGAAAA